GUCGCCGCGAGCGGUAACCAAGGGGGGGCGUUUUCCACGUUACCAUGGUAACGCGUUAUGUGUCAGUUUAAUAAAGACCCUGAAAGAAAAGUACUUCACCAACAAAGUCAGUUUACCCUCCAGAUGAGCAAAAUCCCACUGAUUAGCUGCAGUAAGACUUGCCAGCUGAUUUUGGUUGGACUCAUCUACAGCUACGUGGCAACUUGUUUGUGCAGUCACAAAUUGAGACAGUGCGGUGAGAGGUGUGUGCAGCUCCCAAUAGGAUGGUGUGAGCCUGACGUGGAGAUGAACCUGUCAGACAUGACUGUGGACUUCUUAGCCCAGAGGGAGGAAUGGCUUGUCCUCAUUUAAACUCAUGGAGGCCAGGUGGAGAGCAGGACACAGACGAGAGGAGCUUGACCAGCCAGUGAGACAGAGAGGAGGGACAGACAGACAGAGACAGAGAGAGGUGGACCUGGAUCUGUCUGUCUCACACUGAAGAGUCCCGCUAAGUCAGACCAGUAGGACUUGGAGAAGAUGUGGAGCUUCGUUCCUCCUGUAAGACCUCACUGAAACUUUUGUGCGUAAAACCACCGAGGACAGGAGGAGGAGGAAGAGGAGGAGAGGUUGGAGCAGGACCGCGCAGACGAUGGGAGACUUUGCCUAGAUCCACAACAGGCACGGAGACAGCAUGGCAGUGGACGCGGCAUCCAGUUUUAGUUUCUGCAGGCCAGCUGUGGAGUACAGAGCUCUGCCCGAGGACUUCAAGCACCAGCUGAGUCGACGGACAGGUGGGAAUCUAACCUGGCAUGAUGGGCGUGGACAGAAAACCGCAGGAGGCAGGACAGUAAAGCUGCUGCAACAGCCGGGCACGGAGGCCCUGCAGUACCGUUCCAGUGACAAUUAUGGGAUCUAUCACACAAGCCCGACGCAGCCCAGCCUGAUCCGCCCGGUUGUACUUUGGUCACAACAAGAUGUUUGUAAAUGGCUGAAGAAGCACUGUCCGCACAACUACCUAACCUACGUGGAAGCAUUCUCGCACCACGCCAUCACAGGCCGAGCGCUGCUGCGUCUGAAUGGGGAGAAGCUGGCGAGGAUGGGACUGGUGCAGGAAACACUUCGACAGGAGUUGUUGCAGCAGGUGCUGCAGCUUCAGGUGCAGGAGGAGGGACGCAACCUGCAGCUGCUCAGCAGAGGUUCCUUUGGAAAUAUAUCGUAGCCAUGUUGUUGCUGGGAGAAGUCGGACGCUGUGGAUUUUAAACUCAAAUAAACUCAAAUGUGAAUCAGAUCUGUGGGGAUGGAUCCACCCAGCGAGCAGUGACAACCUGAAUUAUGUUGUUGAGCAGGGCGUUGGACAAACAGACAUAAAACAGACUGACGAUGAACUGUGAUGAAGAAGCUCCGUGACAAUCUGUCGAUUUAUUUCUUUAUUCUGUGAUUAAUUAUUAACUCUCUCUCUCUCUCUCUCUGGAAACUUUUUUUU